CAAACAAACUUAAUAAAACAAAAUCUUUAUGAGCCAAUUGAAAAGUGAUUGUUAACUUUUUGCUUUCGUUCUUAUCUAGUCGACCUAACUCUUUAACUGUGACACGCUCCACACUUUAAUAGCACGCUGAUUAUAAAAGAACACAAUUAAAUUCAAAAUGGAAACUAAAGCGUGGGUGUGUUGAUUGAAAACAGUCACUGUCUGACGCUAUUGACCGCCAGGCAUCAGACACAAGACUAAUCAUUCCAUUCAAAUCUUGUUCUUUUUCUCUAUUAUCGACGACGAGGAAAUUUUAGAAAGCCGCGAAUUUUUCGUAUAAAUAGCGCCAUGGGAUGCAAAACUAUUUCUUAAAACCAAUUUUGACUGAGCUAGUUCGCCACCUGCUACGAGCUUAUGAAAAGUCUGAGGUACAAUUAAUUAAAUCGUGUAAAUAAAACCCGCAGCAAUUAGCAACAGUCAAGUUGUCAUGUGAAUUUAAAAAAAAAAUGCGUUUUUCUCCCGUUGAAUAUCGAGAUAGGCCCUUUGUUCUAGAUGAGGGUUUUACACUCCCAACACCCAGGUUACAGUAAAGGAGGUUUCAAGCGUGAACUAUAAAAGGCCGGAAGUUGGUAUUUGCUGGGGCUGGUUUUCAAAAGAAGUGUUUUUAUUAACUAUCUAAACAUUGUAGAUAAAUAGAUUAGUCUUGGGUCCGAGUUUAAUUAAUGUUUGUGCUUGAAUAGUCCAUUGGACGUCGUGGCACUUCAAAGUAGCGCCUUUUAAAUAACUUAAGUUUCGAGACGAAUGAAAUUCGGUUCAGGUACCAAUUCAACUGAUUCUCAAUUAAUAGUGUUCACUUCUCUGUGUUUCAAAUUCAGGUACACAGAACAUCGCCACUGUAAUUAACAGAAACAAAUUAUCUGUCGACGGCAAACGGAAAAGAAGCGAACUUCAAGCACUGUGCAUCUAGAACUAAUCUCGGCACCAGGAUUCUCCUUUGAGCACUUUGGAGAAAUGCAACUUUCGACUGUCUUGGUUUCCUUAACAGUAGGCUUAAUCGUAGCCCCAAGCUAUACAUCAGGAUUUUUUAAGCUUCCAAAGCUGCCAAAACUUCCAAAGCUUCCAAAGCUUCCAAAGCUUCCAGAGCUUCCGAAGCUUCCCAAGAUUGAACUUCCGAAGUUUCCUCCUCCCUGUGGCGUCUCCCUACCUCAGCACAACAAUUUAAUCGGCUGUAAAGUUCUCAGGAAUAUCCCUGUCGACAAGAACAAGUUGAUUUACAGGUUAAAGCGCCAGGAUGAAUUGAAUGGAUUUGCCCUUCUAAGCACCAAUCCGGUAGAGCUGAGAAUAAUUGCUCUAGCCGAUCCAUUCAUGAGUGAUUACACGCAUCACUAUCUACUGCAGGCAGCCGAGGCCAUAGGAUCUGUUGUUAAAUAUGGAUUGACAAACAACUUAAAAAAGGAGAUCAACGACAUCUCGGAAUAUCUGAAGGUGACAGAUUGGUUCCAGAAUGCGAUGGAAAAUAAGGGACUGUUAACUAAGAAACUGGAGAAGUAUACGAAAUUGCCCUCCCGUCACGAGGACUUUAAUAACAACAAGCCCAGAUGGAUCAGCGACAAGUUAUUUGCUCAGCAGCGCCUGGCUGGAACUAAUCCAAUGUCGAUCCAAAGAGUGACCAAUCACGACGAAGACGCGGUAGGACUGGACUGGAACAAAUUGAAGACAACACUAAAUCCUACUUUUGACUGGGACUCUGCUGUGCAGGCCGCUCUGAGGAAUACAGAUUCAAUUGAAGCUGCCAUGAAACAAGGUCGCAUCUACGCUCUCCGUUAUGAGUUGUGUGACGACAUGGAACGAGCACAGGACAAGACUGAUCAUGACCCUAGAAGGGCUAUGUGGGACUUUUUUUCUCCAAUUGCCGUUUUUGCUUCUGCGAAAAGAGGCCGAUCUAAUGAACUUGUGCCUGUUGCCAUACAAAUGGAUUACAAACCGGGUAGGUUAGAACUUAUACAUACUCAGAAGAAUUAAGACCGUUUUCUUUUAUCCAAGAAGUGCAUCUUUUUUAUACACUAGAGUUUAUCAUAUGCCAUUACCUUUUGCCAUAUAAAAAAUGCGCCUAGGAUACCAAAAUGAAAGUAUAAAGUGAACUACUGAUAGUAAAACUUAUUGCUGUGAAUCUCUAACUAUUUUUCCCAGGCCCAAUGGCAAAA